CUGCCCUGCGCAUGCGCACUGCUCAAAGCAGCUUAGGUGGGAGCGAGGCCAGUCUCGCAGUCUUUGCUAAGGCAACAGUCGGGCGUAUAGCAACAGAAGCCCAUCAUCAGACACAACGGGGCGGCUGUGAGAGCAACGCGUCGCACUUCAGCCUUUUUGUAAGGUGGUCCACCACCACAACCAUUUAAACAGCUCACACCAAACACACAGAGUGCAGUAGGAUGGCGGUGAAUGUUUACUCCACCUCAAUGACCAUUGAGAACCUGAGUCGUCAUGACAUGCUGGCAUGGGUCAACGACUCUCUGCAGCUCGCAUACACAAAGAUCGAGCAGCUCUGUUCGGGUGGUGCUUACUGUCAGUUAAUGGACAUGCUGUUUCCAGGAUGCAUAUUAAUGAAGAAAGUGAAGUUCAAUGCUAAACUGGAGCAUGAAUACAUCCACAAUUUCAAGGUCUUACAGGCUUCAUUCAAAAGAAUGAAUGUGGACAAGAUCAUUCCUGUGGAGAGGCUGGUGAAGGGCAAGUUCCAGGACAACUUUGAGUUCCUUCAGUGGUUUAAGAAGUUUUUUGAUGCCAACUAUGACGGGAAAGAUUACGACCCUGUAAUGUCACGGCAGGGUCAUGAGGGAACGCCGCCUCCACCCAACCCAGGCCACAUGAGAACAUCUCCCACAGCACCAAAGAGUGUUCCUCCCCCCCAGAGGCAGACCAACACAGCACCAGCCCGCAGGACAACUCCUGUGAGCCGCAAUGGAGGAGACGCUGAGCUUCUAGAGCUCAACCAGCAGCUGCUGGAUCUGAAGCUGACUGUAGACGGACUGGAGAAGGAGAGGGACUUCUACUUUGGAAAGCUGAGAGAUAUUGAGCUUCUCUGCCAGGAAAGCGAAAGUGACAGCCAAGUCAUCAGCAAAAUCAUGGAUGUACUGUACGCUACAGAGGUACUGUUUAUGUCAGUGUUUUGGGGCGAUUGAGGCUCAGGAGGUAAAGUGGCCGUCUAGCGGAAGGUCGGUGGUUGGAUCCCUGCAGUCCACAUGUCAAAGUGUCCUUGGGCAAGAUACUGAACCCCAAAUGCUCCUGUUGGCAUCGGUGCGUGAAUGUUUAUCUGCUGAGCAGGUGGUACCUUGUGUGGCAGCCUCGGCCACCAGUGAAUAAAUGUGUGUGUGUCUGUGUGUGUCUGUGUGUGUGUCUGUGUGUGUGUGUCUGUGCUAAGACUAGAAAAGUGCUAUAUAAAUGCAGUCCGUUUGCCGUGGAGUGUGUGCAGGCUCUCUGGUUCGGGUCAGUCAGUUUUAAGGAAAGAAAACAUCUCUCUGUGGCGGGUGGAUAGUGCCACUUGAAGGAUUACCAGGAAAAGGAGAAGUCUACCUUCCCGUUGCCUCUAUACCGUGUGGAUUUUUGAAUGGAUUUGAUUGGGACUGCAGACGAGAGACCGUGGAGGAAACAUUGACGGCAAGUGAAUGGAAAUUACGUCUACCAGCGGCGGCGUAUGUUAGAAUUUUACCGUACAAAUAUACACCUAAGCACAUCUGAAGUAGGUACAUCACCUUACAUCGUCACUAGGUACGUCGCCACCUGUACACCAUCGUCAGUUUGACUUUUCCCCCCAACUUUAUUGAUUGAAUUCAAGUCCUUCAGCAUCUGUUUUAUAUAUGUUAAAAUGUCCUUAUUGCUGUGUAGAUUGGGAACUCUAGAGAACUGUGCAUAGCCUGCAGAAUGCUCAUUGUGAGAUUCACAUGUUGUUGGUGUUCUUGUCCCUAUUGUUGCAGCGGACAUUAAAAUUCCAAUGAAGAAGAUGUGCCGAGCUUUCACUUACCCACAACCUGAAAGUAGUUCUGUUAGGCCUACAGCGACUAACUAUCAAGUUAACAGGGGUGGGUCAGAUUACUUUGAAAUGCAGUCAGUUACUGAAUAUAAAUUACAUUACCUUUUUUGUCAUUAGUAACGUAAUCGAUUACAUAUUCAGGAUUGCAUUACGGUUGGUCAAAUCAAAUUACACUUACAAAAACUGCAUUGGCACAAACUACAAGUGUACUGUGUGUAUUCUACAAGAUGUGAGAUGCUGUUUGUUUUGUGUAAGGUUUUGUUGGUGCUGUUCUUUAAUCAAAGGCCACAUGGAGGACUUUGCUCUUGUAACACAAGAGGAGCACUUACUCAAAAUGUUCAUCUUCCAUUUUCCACAUUUUUGAUAAACCAUUAAUAAAAAACAAAAUAUUUUAAAUAACGGUAUGUAAUCAAGUAUGUAAUCAGGAAAUCCUUCAUAAUGUUACUAUAAUGUAAUUGCAAAAAUGUAAUCUGGGCAGAUUAUAGUUACUUAUUUUUGUAAUCUGAUUAAGUAAUCCCGAUUACAUGUAAUCCAUUACUACUCAACCCUGCAAGUUUAUCAUUAAAGCUAAGUGUAAGUGACCACAAUACAGUGAUAUUCAUGCUUGUAAAGUUUGCAUUAUUCACUAUAUUUGUUAUAUUGCUUUUAUUUGGUUAUUUCUCCACAUGAUAAUGUUGAGUUUAUGUGAUGUGUUUGCUAACUUUCUGGUGCUAAUGAAUUAUGAAUGUAAUGUAGUGCUAAUGGAGUUUUAAUGUAUUAUUUUGCCUUUUGUACUUUUCUGUUUAGACUUACGUCGGUGUUGAGUGUAAGACAGCAAAUUAAACAUCUUCAGACCAUCA